UAAACCGCCAUCUUAGAAUCCUAAACGCGGAUCUGACGCGACGCGGCGCGCAGCGGAUACGCACCAAAACAAGCCAAAAUACGUGACUCAGAGGAACCAUGAGUGAGGCAACGGAGGAGGCGAUGGACGGAUCAGCGGCAUCAGAAGAGCAGCUCAGUCCAGACAAACCCACCCUCUGGGGAGUCGGUGAGAUCAUCGAAGGAAAGAGAGCGAAGAAGAGUGUGGAGCGUUUAGACAUGCAGGUCCCCAAAAAGACCGUCAAACUGAGCAUCGGAGACGGCAAUGGAGAGAAACUGGGGGACAUCCCUCGCACCUGUCACCAACUCAACAAGAUGAAACCUGUCGACCUGGUGCCUCUGCACAGUCUGCUUUUUGACCGCCGAGGAAAAUUGUCGUUGAUAAAGAAGAACCUUCGUCAGUUUAAUGGAUUUCCCUUUGAUGCCGACAGUGAACAGUUCAACAAAAAGCGUGACAAACUCCAAAAGAACUUCACAAACACGAAGCUGAAGUUGGUGUGUGAGGUAUUGGACCUGGAGAAGAAGGGCACUCACUCAGACCUGGUCGACAGAAUCAUGACGUUUCUGGUGUCACCCAAAAGCAGCGGAAAGCGAUUGCCAAAAAAGAAAAAACGCUCCAAGAAGAAGCUUUCGGGCGACGACUCAAAACCCAAAAAAACGUCAAAGAAACGAAACAGCAGCAAACAGAAACCGAGCUCCAACACCAGCCCCAAGAAGAGCAAAGCCAUCGUCAUGGACUCCAGCAGCGACGAAGAAGAGGACGAGGAGGAGAGGAAGACCGCCACUGAGACUGACGGAUCAGACGCAGGCUCUGGAGCAGAGUCUGGAGAUAAACACGAGGAGGACGAGCGGUCUGAGGAUGAAGAGGAGGAGGAUGAAGAUGAGGAGUCUCCCAAACCUAAAGCCCGAGGGAAAGACAAAAAGGUGACUCCCUCAAAAAAAACAAAAUCCCAAAAGAAACCUGCGAAUAAAAGGAGCAGGAAAGAAGAGACGGACUCUGAGUCGGAGAGCAGCGACAGCCAGCCCCAGAAGAAAAAAUCCAAACCAGCGACGAAGACGAAGAAGGCAGACAGCAGCAGCUACAGCAAAACCAACAACACCACAGCGGACGACAGCUCUGAUGAAGACGAGCCUCUGAGUAAAAUGGUGAAGAAGACUCCAAGUGACCAACAGUUAAAGGAGACAGUGCAGAGUUUACUGAAGGAGGCUGAUCUGGAGGAGCUCACCAUGAAGCAAAUCUGUCAGAAGGUGUUUGAGGCAUAUUCAGAACACGAUCUGAGCAGCAAAAAAGACUUCAUCAAACAGACCGUCAAAUCUCUGAUCACAUGAGGCUUCUGCAGAACCUUCUUUGUUUCCAGCUCGUCGUCCUUCAGUGAUCUGUGACUUUUUAAGACUUGUGCUUUUUAUUGGUUUGUAAAAUAUCCAGGACGUGUUGGUUUUCUCCGGCUUCACCUGCUCCAUGAGUUUUUCAGGUCAAAAACACAACUAUGUAAAUAUGUUUUGAUAAAGUAUUUUUGGAAAUGUCCAAUCUGUUGCUGCGUUUGAUUUGAAGUUUAAAGAAAUAAACUUUUCAACAAAACAGAA